CUUUGGAAUCGUUUCUCAAUAUUACCAAGUCGAGAGCCAGGAAUUAAACUUGUUGUUGGGGUCAGAAGAUAAAAAAAACCUGUAAAUAAAAUAUAAAUCAUAUAGUUCAUGGAUACAACUAUAAACCCCUAAGCAAGAAUGCCGUCCAAGUUGGAGUUCUAUGCCUUCCCGCGGCUGAAAUCGGCCAAGAAGGAAAUAGACAACAAUCACAUGGACUACAAGAGUGGCGCCACAUUCUCCGGUCAGUUAGACGGGCGCAAACGCAUGGGGUAUGGUGUCUUUGUGUGGCCGAAUGGAGACCGAUAUAAAGGAGAGUACGUGGAUAAUGAUAGGCACGGAAAAGGCGAGCAGGUGUGGUCUGACGGAGCAAAGUUCACUGGGGAAUUCGUCAGGGACACAAGGCAUGGAGAAGGAGAGCACAUUUGGCGAGAUGGAGAGAGUUUCAAGGGAUCGUACUUUAAAGACCAUCGUCACGGACAGGGGACAUACACAUGGCCCGAUAAGUCAUGCUUUGUCGGUACUUUCUACAAGAACAAGAAGGAAGGCUAUGGUAUCUUCAAAUUCAGCAAUGGCAAUGAAUUUCAGGGUUUGUACAUCAAUGACGAGAGGGAAGGGCCGGGCCUUUUUUCGUACCCCGAUGGAACACAUGACAUUGGACUAUGGCGAAAAGAACGACUUGUUAAACUCUGCAGCCCUAUAGAGGGUGCCUUUACAAUGGCUGAGCACACCGACUUUGAAUACAACCCAGCAGAACACGUCUUGAACCUUAAGGUCACUGAUCCCCGGAACCCAACUCUAAACAGUACCCUCAACGUCACUUCCAACGAUUCAAAUUCAAACGGACAAACAGAGGAGUCGUUACAAGCCAUGAUGGAGAAACUCUCAAGCGUUAAUUUCCAGACGACCUUUGACAUCUUUCAGUCGAGCACGGGAGAGAGUGUAGAUUUGAAAACGCUGACGUAUGACAGGGAAGAGUAUGAUGAGGCGUUCUUCGGUGACGAUUGCAAGGAGUCGGAGAGUAACCUGACAGCUCUUAAUAACACGCCUUCCUUGAUUGAGAUGCAACUGCAUGCGCUGAAGCAUAGGAACAGAGAGAAUGUUGUCACGUUUCCAGUUGAUGCUCUUAUUCAUGGUGACCGAGGUAUCUUCACGAAGAAGGGUCCUAUCGAAGAGAUGUCCGAGGAACUUAUUGAAGCGGCAGCUAAAGGAGACUAUGAUACCGUCCAUUCUCUACUAUCUAAGGGCGCUGUCAAUGUCAAUGUGGCUGAUAGGAAUGGCCAUGUCAGUCUCAUUGGAGCUGCGGUUCAUAUGCACAGAGAUGUUAUCGACUGUCUCCUUGACAACGGGGCCGAUGUCAACAAACUGAACGAUGAAGGCCUCUCCGCUCUUGCCGCUUGCCACGUCCUCUUCUACCCGAUCUCCUCCUUCAAGUACAACAUCGCGGAACGCUACCUUCCCGUCCCUCCAGGCGAGGAGCGCAUCCAGGUGAAGAUCCACAUGGAAAGUCCUGAUGAAUCUGGUGUCCAGGACAAUGCCCCGAAAGCCGGGCAGAAGCCUCAAGAAGCAAGAGCGGAGUCAGGAUCGGUGCAUAACGGAGGCAAGGUAGAUGGGAACAACGCAGAUCGGGAUUUCUUCGACAUCGAGAGCCCCGAGAAAGAAGUCGGAGACGAACUGGAAGAGGGAGAUGGAUUCAUCCCGGAGUGGGACCCUGACAAGGAGUCGGUGGAAGAGCGGCGCAGCCUCAAGAAAGCUGGCAGUCUUCUGAGUCAAAAGCAGCUUGGUUCCCUCCAUGGAUCAUCGUCAAUCAUCACCUCGGUCAAUGACUUUGAGACGGACCAAAGUCUGAAAGGUUUUGGUGUGAAGGUAACAGAGGACAUGAUUGAGAGGACCGCUACCUCGAUGAGUAAGAAUCCUAGGAUAGUCAGCCGAGGCAUCUCAAGGGAGGAGGAGUAUUUAGAUGAUGCAAGGAAGAGAGCUAUUGAUAUAGCAGAACAUUCCAAGAUGGAGGCUACAAUCCGAUUGCUAUUGAAGCGAGGUGCCGAUCCCAAUGCCUCCUCUGUCCCUAUGCCCGUUCUCUUCUUUGCCAUCAAGGCAGCGGAUGUCGAUGCAGUCUCUAUUCUACUGCAAAAGAAGGCUUCUACAGAAGCUAGGCUUUCCCCUGAGAAAGAAGGCCUUACACCUCUACACAUAGCCAGUGCAAUCCGAGGCAUAGAAGGCGUUGAAAUCACGAAGCUCCUACUCGGAUCUGGAGCUAGACCCAACACAAGAGCUCUGGAUAAAGAUCUUCAUGAAUAUCCUGAAGAUCUGUCCCCACUGGAUCCUGAUGUAAAGUUAAAGCCUGGUCUUGAUGACAGUGUCUUUGCCUAUCUCCUAGAGCUUGAGGAAGCCGGUGAUCACCAGGGUGGUCGUACUCCUCUUCAUAUUGCCUGCGAUAGGGAUGACGAUUAUGAGCUUGCUCGUCAAGUGGUUCAUCUUCUGUUAGAGCAUGGGGCCAAUCCCAAUGUGUUAUGCAAAGGACAAUCGCCUCUUUCGUUGGCUAUCGCUAGUGGCAAUGAUCUGGCAAUUGAUGAGUUGCUAAGCUGUAAAGCCAAUACCAGUCUACCACUGGGUCAGAGUAUAGGAAGUGCUUUGUGUGUAGCGGCUAACACACAGUUUGAAUAUAGAAGAACCCCUCAGCAGAGAAUAGCAUUGAUUGACAAACUAGUCAAGGCUGGAGCAAAUAUCUUAGCUCCCAUUGCUGUAGGACCUAAACGUCAGAUGGGUACGGCUGUAGACUAUGCAUACUGGAUGUUCAAUCAGGAUCGACGGAUUGCCCACAUGCCCUACCACGCCUUGACCCAUGCAGAGCGUGACACCUACAACGCUCGCAGGAAGCUGCUAAGUCACCUGGGUGAGAUCCUACGAGAGGCCGCCGUGAAACGAGAGAAGGAACGCCUAGAACAGGAGGAAUGCAAUGGCAUGAGAAGCGUAAGCCCAAGUCAUGGCUUCCUGUACACCGGUGCCGGAGCCAUGGCUUCGGACGGUAGCGUGGGCAGAAGCAAGAGCCCCUCCAGGAUCUCCUCUAAGGGGGGCGAGGGAGGGGGACCCGACGGGAACAAACAGGUGGCCUUUCAGGCGACCACCAAGGAUAGCAGUGGUAUGGUACAGCCUCUAGUGGAUCGGGAUGAAGAGAUGACUGUCAGUGGUGGUGGGAAGGUAUUAAUGACGGUGGAUUUGUCGCAAGGUGGAGACCAGUCCAGGACCCAGCGACUUGUCAAGCAGGCCACCAGGUCUCACAUCAGGAAACCACUGUUCCGUUACUGCUACGAAUGUGGACGGUCGAUAGGCGUACGUCUGUCUGCGUGUACGCGAUGCAAGGAGGUCUACUACUGCAGCAAGGCGUGUAAGAUCAAAGCCUGGAAUGCUAGACACAAAGAAGAGUGCCUGAGAAUAGGAGGUCGCAGUCGGAGUCCAAGCCCAACGAGCCAUACUGGUGUACCCGGCUCGCACAACUCCACCAACAAUUCCAAUCAGUCACUCACACAAGGCCAGGCACAAUCUAAUGCUAAAGGACUAGGGGGAGGUGGAGGAUCCAUUGCUAAAGGUCAAAAUAAAGGUCAUGGGCCAAAUGUGAAAGGUCAGACAGGGUCAAAUACAAGGGGUCAGGAGGGGUCGAAUGCCAGAGGUCAGCCGGGUAAGACGGGAGGUGUGGACACCAAAGGGAAGGUUGCGGGUAAGGGGCCAGCUGGGGUGGCUGGAACGAGAGGUCAAGUCGCUGAUAAAGGGCCAAAGGGCAAAGGUCAAGUAGGGGGUGGAGAUAAUCGGAUGGUGGGUCAGACCAAUGGUCAGUUUGGUGGAGGGAGUGUUGGAAGGGAAGCGGUCGACCAUGCCAUGAAGUCGGAAUGUACAGAGAACUAUAGCUAUAAUUGAGUGCGCCAUAUUGGUUUAUAUGUCUCGUCUCUCUAGCCAUGGACCUACAAAGGAAUGGGACAUUCUUCUGUUAUUUGAUGACUUCAUUGAACAUGUGACUGUCAUUGUCGUCUGAAUAACAUUUUCUUCAUGUAUGUCUGCUAUGAUUCUGUGACGUUCACCAUCAAUUAGGCCAUGGGUUGAAAGAAACACUCCAUGGUUCCAUCCAUCCAUUAAAGUGGCAUGUCAGAAUCUGACGUUGCCCAUCAAAACGUGCUCUCCUCGUGCUCCCUUUCCUUUUAUAGCACCAGUAAGGGCCAC